UACACAAGAUGACGUUGAAAUCGUAUAGCAUGGUGGGGAAAAGAACCACAUAACAUUUCAAUUCAACAGUUUUUUACUCUUCUUUUUCAAUCGUGGAUUUUUCAAUAAAUUUCUGGAAUGGAGAGCUUCAAGCAUGGAGAUAGAGUUUUUGCUAAAGUUCGUGGAUAUCCUUGCUGGCCUGCUCGUGUUGACAGCAAAUGCGAAGUCCUUGGAAGGACCCGCUACAAUGUGUUUUUCUAUGGCACGUAUGAAGUAGCACAAGUGAAGUGUGAAGAUCUGUUUCCAUAUGAAGAAAACAAAGAAAGGUUUGGAAAGGCCCAAAAACGUAAAGGUUUUAAGGAAAGUCUAUGGGAAAUUGAGAAUCGACCCAACAUAGGACUAGCAGAUGAUGUAGUUACUCCAGCCCAACAGGCACCACCUAUGUCGAUAGAAGCAAAUGAAUCAGAGAAGGAGGAAAACAACAUAGAACAGCCUGUGAAAUUGCCUCUUAAACAUAAACGAAAGAUUGAGAAGAUUCAGGAAUCGGAAACGGAACUCGAACGAGUUAGUCGAAGUGGGAGGCGAAUUAAACCUAAGCGGUUUGCCGACGAGGAGACUCUCGAACCAACCGCUCACGACACUCACGACAACCUUUUGUCCGAUUCGCUCGCAAUCACCCAACCAUCACAGGAAGAAGCAACUGAAGAUCCUGCAAACAAACGGAAACCCAAAGUUAAAACUAUUGAGGAAACGGUGGAAACUAAAGAUCAACACACUGAGAGUUCCAGUAAUAGCAACCAACAGCAUUCCGAGGUCGAUACGGAUGAAGUCGAAGGUGAUGACGAAGAUGAAGAACGAGCGCUUUCAGAAAAGAUGAAGUCAAUCACAUAACUGAAGAAGUAAAAGCUCCUCCUAAAAUUAAAAAGAGAUCUCGUGUGGAGUGGAAUUGUAAAAACAGUCGGGAUGCUGCAAAAGUCAAGGAAAGUGUUAACCAGACUACGUUGCCAGAAGGAAUUAAAA